CUGUAGUGUGGACACACUUCUCCCGAACAUGUCAAGGUUGUUUUCUACACUUAUCGUUCUUGAGACAAAGGAGUCCCGGGUCAUUUUUGUCCUGUUUAAGGGGACUGUCAAGGGAUGUUGAAAAUAUUACAGCCAGGCAGGAAGCACAGAAGAUGCCCGAAGAGGAGGCUGGUGGAUGGGAUGAGGUAAGAGCUCAAGCAGAAGUGUUCUACACUUGAAAACAUCAACGAAGCCAGAAGAUGAGCAGACACAAGACCGCAGCAGUACUGGGACAGCGGGCGAGGGAGGUGGAGUUGUCCACAGUCAAACAGCGGCUUAUUGUGCUCUUACACCAGGCACCGGGAGACACAUUCAUGCAUUCACACAAACACACACACACGGACUUCCAUGCCUGUGCCUGCUGCCACACCACUUAGGCAACAUCUCGUCCCCACUUAACGCUGAUCGAGGCUCAGACGCCAGCUGCCUGUUGGUGGAACCAUUAAACUCCACCCAUCGCACCUCGAGGGCGUCGGACCACCUGAUCUGCUGAGCCACUGAGGACAGGGAGAGUCCAAUUUAAGAUCACCCGUCCUGGUUUAAGCCAAGUGACAUCAUCACCCACAGACAAAGGAAUAAGCAGAGGAACACGAUUGAAGGAUUCCACUCAACAAGCAGGGACUUAUUUCAAAACCACCGCAUUCAAAUAACAUGGCGACGACGGGCAUGCAGCUGGUAGGCCUCAUUAUGUCCAUCCUGGGCUGGGUGGCUGGAGCGGUCGUGAUCCUGGUGCCGCUGUGGCGAGUCACUGCCUUCAUCGGCAACAACUUGGUGACCGCUCAAAUCAUCUGGGAAGGCCUAUGGAUGAAUUGCAUCGUGCAGAGUACGGGUCAGAUCCAGUGUAAGGUCUACGACAGCAUGCUGGCGCUGCCCAGCGACAUGCAGGCUGCCCGUGGCCUCACGGUGCUCUCGGUCAUGCUGUGCGCCGUGGCCCUGGCUCUAGGGGUGCUCGGCGUUAAGUGCACCAAGUGCGUGGGGGUCAACAGCCUCAAGGCGCGCAUCGCCCGUAUCUCGGGGGUUCUCUUUGCUGUCGCCGGCUUCCUCUUCCUGGUUCCCGUCUGUUGGACCGCCCACUCCAUCAUCAGGGAUUUCUACGACCCACACGUGGCCGCCCCACACAAGCGCGAACUGGGCCCGGGGCUCUACAUCGGCUGGGGUGCAGCAGGGUUGCUCCUGGUCGGUGGGUCUCUGCUGUAUGCCGGCUCGAGUCCGCCCGGCAUGCCCGGCUCGCCCACCUUCAGUAGUGGAGAAAGCAGCCCCCGUCGGGCACCGGCCUCACAGGUUAAAGGCUACGUCUAACAUGGCCAACUUCAAGGUUUCCUCCCAACUGAUGAAAAGCCGGUUUCACCCUCCUCUUGAUAUUUAAUAUUUUCCAGCAGGCUUAGAGAAAAUUGAACUCCACCUCUGAUCAAAUAACCUUUUCUUCUAUGUAUGUCAUUGUAAAAUACAAUAAAACAGUUGGCCUUUA